AUGGCUGAGGUUCCAUCGCCAGUAGAAAGACUGUUGGGAGACUACGGAGGUGCCAAUGCACAAACCGACAGAUUAACUAUUGUCAACCAACCAGUGAACGUGGCUAAUUUCCUACUGCACCCGAGUACCAUUAAUCAGUUUGACAGGAAGCAUUUUACUGGAAAAGUGAAUGAAGAUGGAAACAAGCAUUUGCAGAGGUUUCUGCCCAUGAGCAACACUCUGAAAAUUGAUGGUCACACUGAAGAAGCCAAGAAGUUGAGAAUGUUCCCGUUUGCCUUAGCGGAAGAAGCUGAAGAAUGGUUUUAUUCUUUACCUGCCGGUAGCAUCACAACUUGGGAAGAAAUGGAAAAGGCAUUCAUGAAUGAGUAUUUUCCAGCAUCGAUGUUUGUGAACGAUCUUAAAAUAAAGACCAAACAACUGAUUGAUACCGCAGCCGGUGGUUCCACAAAUUUUUCAACAGCCACCGGCAUCAAGAAGAUCAUUGAAGUUAUUGCUGCUAAUGAGCACAUGGAGUUGUAUGAUAGGUGUCAAAGAAAACCCAGAAGGGGUUAUAGAUUUAAAGCUGGAAACUAA